AUGGGCCUCCUUGGGUUCGGGGUCGACUGGGCCAGUGCAUAUCACCAGCGCACCGUUCUACCUCCCGCUCUCGACGCAAAUCUCCAACUACCUCGGCUGGUCGCUGUGCUACCUCAUCCUGCCCCUCGUGUACUGGGGCAACGUCUGGCAGUCGCAGAACUACCCGUUCAUUUCGCAAAAUCUGUGCGUCUCGCUCUACUCUUCUCCCGCUUGCUCAUGCUGACUCGCAUUCGUAGCUUUUUCGAAGAUGGCACGCUGUACAACCAGAGCCUGAUCCUCAACCCGGACCUCUCGCUCAACCGCACUGCCUUUGAGAUCUACGGGCAGCCGUACCAGAGCGGGUCCAACGUGAUCUACUACCUCGGCAUCAACAUCUCGAUCGGCGCGACGUUCGUGCACAUCGCGCUCUGGCACGGCCGCGAGCUGUGGGGCGCGUUCAAGGACUACUUCACCGGGACGCCGAUCGACGAUCCGCACUACAAGAAGAUGCUGGUAUAUCCCGAGGUGCCGUUCUGGUGGUACGCGGCGACGUUCCUCGCCGCGUUCGCGACGGCCAUGGCGUGCAUCUACACGAGCAAGUCGACGCUGCCGUGGUGGGCGCUGAUCGUGGGGCUGCUGCUGUCUGCGAUCAUGCUGCCGUUCAUCGGCGCGAUGUACGCCAUCACGGGCUUCAACCCGUACAUGACGCCGCUCUUCCAGAUGAUCGGCGCCGGGCUCGUCCCCGGCUCGUCCCAGGCCAACAUGUACUUUGAGCUGUACAGCGGACAGUCGCUCACCCAGGCGCAGUCGAUGCUGUCGGAUCUGAAGCUCGGCCAGUACACUAAGCUUCCUCCGAGGGCGUGCUUUGCGGUGCAGAUCGUCGGGACCAUCGUCGGCGGCAUCUUCAACUACGUGAUCACGCAGGACAUUGUGAACAACGAGCGUACGAUCCUGCUGAGCAACGAGGGCUCGCGGACGUGGUCUGGACAGCAGGUGCAGUCGUACAACGCGCUCGCGGUCAUGUGGGGCGCGAUGGGCCCGGAGAUCUUUGGUCCGAAGGGGACGUACUUCAUCGUGCCCCUCGGGUGCGUCAUUGGCCUCGGCGUGCCGAUCAUCCCGUGGCUGCUCUACAAGCGCUUCCGCUGGGAGUGGUGCAAGACGAUGAACUUUGCCGUCAUUGCUUACUACAUCGGCGACCUCGCGGGCGGCACGAACGGGUACAUCAACACUUGGAUGGCGAUCGGGCUCUUCUCCCACUUUUACAUCCGUCGCUACCACGCCGGGUGGUUCAGGAAGUACAACUACUUGCUCGGAGCCGCCGUCGAUGGGGGCUCGCAAGUGUUUGUGUUCGUGUAUGCGUUCGCCGUGGGCGGCGCGGGCGGCAACACCGUCCCGUUCCCGACGUGA